CCCUCCCCCCUACGUAACAAUAAGUAACGCAGACUCAACCCCCCUCCCACCCCUUAAUGCGGUACGUAAUUUGUCCAAACUAGAACUCUUGGGACAUUUAGCUGGAGGAAAGGUUACGAUUCAUUGGUUUGAAUAUCCAUUAAGAGGCAGCUUAAGCAUUAAAAAUCUUUUAUUUUCUUAUAUUCUACGAAGUUUUGUGGAUUAAAAAAUGGCGACUUCCGGUUUCAGGAAAAUAACCUAAAGUGAUAUUUGGCCAACAAUUUCAAUACCUCCGAAAGUGGAACUCCAUACGUCGUUUUAUAGCGAUGACACGUGUUUUUUUUCAUAAAAAUGUUUGUUCACGUUCAGAAAAUAAAUUUGAAGAAAAAUAACAAGUAUCUGAUUACUAAAUUUGAGAUAUUAUUCACAAAACUACGUGAAACAUGCAAAUUUAUGACUUCUAAAGUGAUAUUUGGCCAACAAUUUCAAUACUUUCGAAAGUGGAACUCCAUACGUCAUUUUGAAAUCCAAAAUGGUGACUUCCAGUUUCUGUAAAUCAGCCCAAAAUCACAAAAAAAAAAGAAUCCAAUACGGGUAUUUCCGUUCUGUGCGUUCUCAGAAUAUUGAAGUACCUAAAGUGAUAAUGGAAGUAUAAGAUGUGAAUUAUAUUUUUGAAGUGCGUUGAGCUAAUGCAGCAAUGAAAUAUAAAAAAAAUCUACCUUUGAAACCUUUGAUCCCGAGCAUCGCCGGGGACGUUCAACUAGUUCUUUAUAACGACGGUCCCUUGCGAUGUCGCUAUAAAGCGAUUCAACUGUAAUUUGAUACGGUAUUAUAAGGAAACCUUGCAUUUGCGGCUAAUUUCAUGAUAAUUUAUCUAAGCAUCUCAGAGAAAAGAGGGUGAGUUCAAGCAGUUUUAGAAAUAUGAUUCUUUUCAUAUUUCAGGUUAUUAUACAUAACGGACAAAGUUAAAGUCCAAUUACAAUAAAAUUCAAUAGGGUCUUCUGGGGCAACUAGACCUUCCAUUUGACACUAAUUUUGUGCAAAUCGGUCCAGCCAUCUCUGAGAAAAGUGAGUGAGUUUAAACUGUCUUUGAAACACGUUUCUUUGCAUAACUUUUGACCCACAUGUCCAAUCAUUAUUAAAUUAAUCUACAAAUGUUCAAAAAAAACAAGCCCGUUCUUUUGGUACCAAUUUUGUUGAAAUCGGUUGUGCCGUUUCUGAGAUAGUGAGGUUUCGUGAUUUUUACAUUUUGAUACAUAACCUAUAAACUAAAAAUCCGAUAACAAUAAAAUUCAAAGGGGUCUCAUGGGGCAACUAGACCUUUCAUUUACAAAUAGUUUCAUCAAAAUCGGUCCAGCCAUCUCUGAGAAAAUCGAGUGAGAUUGAGAAAGCGUUACAUACAUACACACACAUACAUACACACAUAUACAGAAAAAGCUCAGCUCGUCGAACUGAGUCGAUUGAUAUACGAGAUUCGACACUUUGGAGCACUUUUAUACCUUUGGUCUUUUCAGUGAUUUAUAUACCUUUCUAGGAGAAAGGCAAAACUUCAAAAGCUGACCGCUAUCGUUCAAAUCGAACGAUAGGAAAAGUAUGUGCGUUAACAUAGUCACAAUCGCACUACAAUUUGAUUUCAACUUCCACUUCGCACCGCAUGUAGAAUAUUACCAAAACACCAGUAUAAAUACUUAUCCUUCUGAUUUCGUUCUGAUUCUUAUCCGUCUCUCCUAUGGACCCUGGUAUUAUUGCGACGCACGGGCGAGCAAUAACAGGACAGCUGAUGCAAAAAAUACCCUGAUGAGACGGUGUAAUCGAAUAACGAAAAAUAUGGUAUAAAUAUAUUAUAUUGUUACCGAAAGAACUUACAGUCUAGCUAAAUCCUGGUAACGUAUGCACGUCUGAUUAUUUAUUUCGUUGGAUCCCCUCACUUACAAUAUGAUUUGCUCGCGCAAAACAAGUUUGAGAUACCACUACAAACGUUCGGUUCUUUUCUAGUCAACAAGCUGUGUGUGUGUGCUCAACGCUCGCGAUUUUGGAGCUCUGAUGCUAGAGUGAGGAAGGAAUAAUGUUCUCUCCCUUGGCUGCCGGAGUAUGCGUGUACUUGUGUAAAGAACGUUUAUUUGAGAGAUGUUCGGAAUUCAUUCGACGAGACAGUACGCGGACGUGAUUAUUACGGAUUCCAAGAUGGGGAAAGAAAAAAAUUACCACACCCAGUUUAUGUCAAAUGUCAACGUAGUGAAACAUUCCUUUUCAACUUUGCUGCUUCCGCUCACUUCACUAACACUUGGUAAAAAAAGAAAUAUAGUAACAAAAGUCUAUUCCCUUAUACAGACAUUUGAUGCAGCCUUCUAUUGCAUAGUCUGGAAUUGUAUAUUCUCCCGACGUUCUUCGCUAGAAUAAAGUGUAGAACAAAACUAGGUGUCUAGUAUUUUCCACGCGCAAAACAAAAACGACUGCAUGACAGCGAAAUGAGUAGGCAACAUAAAAGUGAGCAAUGUAUGUAAUUUUACGAGGUUGCGAAAAAUGAAAAAGAGCAGAAGGUGUGCCUUACAAAAAAAAACUCAUUCAGACGGGACCCGUCUUUUUUUUUUUUUUUAAAGGUGGCGGGGAAAUCUGCAAACAGACACCCGGGGUGUGGGGAUGAGACUAGGGGAGAGAUGCUGGGGUAGUUACACUCGCCCAGGCACCUACUGAUCCCUGUCCCGACCCACUAAUACCCCUCCAGUCUCCAGCCCUGGUCUUCCCGGAACGACGGUUAAGUAUUACGUCGAGGAGUGGCUUUUGUGCGUGAUGCACCCUCUUUACUCUUAUAACCUCCUAGCUAACUACCUGGAGACUGGUAAUUAGCUACCACUGGCGUGUUGGUGGUUGACCCGCCACACACCUUCUGUUAUUGUUCAUUUUUCGCAUCCUCGUAAAAUUAAAUACAUUGCCCAAUUAACUAAAACUUAAAAUGUAGUCAUAAGACAACAAAUUAAAUUAGUUCGUAAAGUAACCAAACAACUAGCGAUAAUGUUUUAAAAGCCAAGAAAUAAAACAGCUAGAAAGGGACAGGAAGAAAAUCGGAGAAGAAAAUUGUUUUUCUCCGGCGUUUCAACUGAAUUUGUUUGAUAAAAUUAAUCUAGCAACAAAUUUGAAUCCGGGCGGUCUUCAUCUUUCCGCGUGUAUGGAGAAUUCUGUAUUGCAAGUCCCUUGCAAAGGUCUUAAAAAUAACUUAGCUUUUGCAAUCGGACCUCUGGAGUCGAGCCUCAAAAGACCCGAACACAUUUGAUACGUUGCGGCUGCGUUUGCAGUAUUUUGACAGUUGGCCCAUACAUUUUCUGUCAAAUUAACGUCAACGCAACGCAGACGUAUGCAUUGUGCUUAAACCUAAAGCGAUUAAAGCUUCACUCUUUUGGCCGAUGAAAAAAGCAUAGAAAUUUAGAUAUCGAAAAAAAAAUUGUUUAUGCCAAAGGUCUUAGAGAUGGAUUGAUCGUCUAGUCAGGUUGUCGAACUGGAAAACAGAAAGUCGAUUUUUCUGAUUUUUUUUAUACUACACCAGAUCUCGAAAUUUCAUGCACGGCUAAGACAUUUGUUUGAAAAAAGAGUUCUCUUUCGAUAAUUUCAUAUCGACAAUUUCUGUAGAUUUUUCCAUCGUUCAUAUAAGUGAAACAUUGACCGCUUUGAGACUACACAUCCCAAAGUCCCCUUGAACCGAAAUUUUACAUGAAGACUUGUUUCGAGGAGAAGAAGCAUUUCAACCCUACUGCUAACUGUAGCAGUGCUAAGUUGAAUUUGCAGGUCAAAUUUUUGCCAUGCAAUCCAUCCAACUUUCCACGAGCGGUAAUGGCUAGCAAUCAGGCCUCAACAUCGUCGAAUAAAGCACCAAAAGUAGAACACGCAACCCUUUCGUCUCACUCGCUGCUACUGAAACUUAGUAAACUGCGUCUUAGGCCGUGAACAUACUGGCGUGCAGUGAUACCACAUUUUCAUCUGCAUUUUGAGGUUCAGGAAAUCUUGCCACCUUGGUAAAAUUUCAAAAUAUCUGUAUAAAAAUCUGCAUAUGUACUGAACAUAUCAUUCUUGAAAAAAAAAACGCGAAAUUGCUUGUUUAACAUAAUUCCGGUGAGUCAUUCAUGAUAAAAUCUCCAACAGGCUAAACAGCAUUUAUGUUUUUUUUUGUUCACACAACAUUUAUUUGACACGGCACAAUACAAAUUAAUGUUUUACGGAAACGGCAUUUAUGCUGAUUAUUGUUUUUCAACAGUAUCAAGAAGUUUAAUAGGCAACUUUAUGGAAACCAAAAAAAUUUAUAUAUAUAUCUGUAUAAUUAUCAAAAAAUCUGUAAUCUGUAUAUGCAGAUAUCUGUAUGAAAAAUACGUAAAUAAUCUUAUAAAUACAGAUAAAUCUGCAUAUGUGGCAUCACUGCUGGCGUGGCUUGCGUUGCAAAGACGGUUCGCCUUGCCGUGGGUUAAUGUACAGCCCUAAGUAGAGCUGUACAUUAACCAGCGAUAGGGUGAGUCUCCUUCACAGCGCAGACCGCGCCAGUAUGUCCAUCGCCUUAGACAUAUAGGAGCAGGAAUAAGGGCUGGGAAAAAUAAACUUUCAAGCUGAUUUAUGCGAUUUGUAACAUAUUACAUAAAAAAGCAAAGCCUUGGUGCUACAUUCCGUAUCGGAAUUCGACCUUCUGUUUUACUACACACAGACUUCGCAGCCGACUGUUAAGUGUACAGGACAAUUGCGGGGCUAGCGCUACGAUCCUACUGACACUGACAGUCUCUCCCGAGCCGAGACUCGAACAUACUGGCAACUCUGCUCGAAAUCGACAAACCAGUUUUAUUUUUACCCCGUUAAAUAUUCGUUUUCCUACAUAAGUUUAGUUUUCUUUCGCGCUAAGAAAUCCUACAUACUGUUUUUUGCGUUUUGCGUCCAGUAAAGCUGUGCAGUGGUAUUUGGUUUAUUUUGCUGUUCAUUUUCGAGAUAGGGCUAAUAUAUCAACCCGACUGCUUACUCCAUACACUCGCUAUUGUUCCUUGGAUCCAUCAGUGUUUUUAUUGCGUUAUUCCCUCAUCAACUGAGCCAUGGCCUCAGCUUGCAAAAAAUGCAGUUCAACUGUUAAAGGAAUCGAAAAAGUAGCUUGCCGUGGUGUUUGAGGAUCAGUUUAUCAUCGCAGUUGCAUCCCCGGAUUACAGCGAAACACUCUUGAUGUAUUAUCAGCAUUUGUUGACAAUUUAUUCUGGCUGUGCGACGACUGCGCAAGCAGCUUCAACAAGUGGCUGCAGCUUCCCGCCACCGCCGCUCCCGCAGCUGAUGGUAGCAAUCUGUGCGAGGCUGUUGAUAAACUGAACGCCGUCGUUACCGAUCUGACAAAUCACAUUGAAAAACAUUUUUCUGGUGGUUCAAUACCUCCCGCUCAAAAAUCCUUGUUCUCACAACGCCUAUCUGGGGAACAGCCAACGCCUAAACGACGUCGCGAGAUCAGUGCUAAAACUCGCACCCCCGCUGUUGCUGUUUGUGGCACCAGAUCGUUUGAACGAGAAAUCAAAACAGUUGCCGACGAACUACAGCAAUUUUGGAUGUACUUAAGUCGUCUCGAUCCAAGCCACACUACUGACGAAAUUUCGGCAAUGGCCAAAGAGUGCCUAGGAAUGAAUGAAACUCCGAAGGCUAUUAUGCUGGUGAAAAAGGAAGCAGAUUUGUCGAAACUGAAUUUUGUUUCCUUUCGGGUCGAGGUCCCCAACGAGCUCAAAGACGUCGCUUUGAAAGCCUACACCUGGCCCAUCGGAGUAUUGGCUCGUGAAUUCGACUUCGAUCAGGUGCGAUCCAGUAGAUUUCGUCUGUAACUACACAGCACUACCAAAUGUUUUAUUAGUGGAUAGUGGGAGUCAUCAGACUCCCACCAAAGUUAAGUACCCUCCGUUUUAUUCUCCUGACGAUUGCCAACGCUCCGCUAUAUGCUCCAGACCUCAAGACGCUCAUUCUCUCUCAUCAACCUGUCGGAUGGCAGCAGUUCCGAUUUCGACCUCUGCCAGCGGAGAAGAAUCAUUAUCGCACCUCUACUACCAAAACGUUUGCGGUAUGAACUCCAAUAUUGAUGGCUAUCUGCUCGCUUUCUCUGGUGGAUGCUACGACAUCAUCGCGCUCACUGAAACCUGGUUAGAUGAUCGUACUCAGUCUUCUUACUUGCUUGGAAAUGAGUACAAUGGCUUUCGUUGCGAUCGCGGCCCUGAUAAUAGCCGAAAACUAACCGGUGGAGGUGUGCUCAACGCAGUUCGCCGGACUCUCAAAGCUCAUCGAAUUGACGAUACCACUUGGAAUACACUUGAACAAGUGUGGGUGUCGAUAGAAUUGACUGAUAGGAAAGUUUUCCUGUGCGUCAUUUAUCUUCCACCAGACAGAACCCGUGACAAAGCAAUAACUGACACACAUGUUCAGUCGGUUUUAUCAAUCACUAGCAAAGCAAAACCUUGUGACGAAAUUUUCGUCAUCGGCGACUUUAACUAUCCCAGUUUAUGUUGGCGCCCUUCCCAUGACGGCUUUAUGUACCCCGACCCGGAUCACUCAACGUUUAGUAUAUGUGCUCUAGCCCUGCUUGAUGGUUACUGCACAGCCACCCUUCAGCAAAUCAAUGACAUAACUAACGAAAAUGACCGUUGUCUCGACCUCUGUUUCGCUAGUUACCGCGACGUUGCACCUUCAUUAAGCUUGGCCCCAACACCUCUGGUUAAAGCUGUACCACAUCACCCGGCCCUUACUCUCGCCCUCAAAAACAACGACUGCAACGAAUACCAACAGAUUUCUUAUCUGAGCCGUUUCGAUUUUCGACGAGCGAACUACAGCGAGAUGAUUCAAGCUCUUGACAAUUUUGACUGGAGCAUCAUUUCCAUUGAAACUGAUGUCGACAUUGCUGUUUCGAAAUUUUCCUCCAUAAUUUCGAGGUUUAUGGAAACUUUCAUACCGAAGACAGUCCGCAACAAGACGAAUAAAUCACCUUGGCAAACCCCGGAGUUGCGUCGACUAAAAAGGGCUAAAAACGCUGCAUUCAAGAAAUUGUCAAAAUUUGGUUCGCUACCCCUACGUGACCACUUUCGCCGGAUUAACAUUUCCUAUAAUAGGCUCAGCCGACGUUGUUAUUCUGCAUACCGACGGCGCAUAGAAGCCAAAUUGAAAUCCGAUCCAAAAAAAUUUUGGAACUUCGUCAGCGAACAACGGAAGGAAUCCGGUUUGCCGUCAACUAUGGUGCUAGAUAAUAAGAUUGCCGACAACGCGGCCGCUAUUUGUAAUUUGUUUGCGAGCAAAUUCUCUACUGUUUUCACCAAUGAAAUACUCACCACCGAGCAAAUUUCGGAAGCCGGAAACAAUGUACCUAUUUCAAACGGAUGCAUCUCAUCUAUCAACCUCGACGACAACGCAAUUCUCGCCGCUGCUCGGAAGCUUAAGCACUCGAACUCUCCUGGGCCUGACGAAAUCCCUGCUACAUUAUUGAAAAAAUGUGUUCUACCUCUUCUUGUGCCUUUGUCGCACUUGUUUCGCCUACCGCUGGCGACAGGCAAAUUUCCUGUUGACUGGAAGCAGGCAUAUAUGUUUCCCGUACACAAAAAAGGUGACAGGUCAAACGUUAAUGACUACAGGGGAAUAUCAGCUCUUUGCGCUGUGCCAAAGUUGUUUGAACUGGUUAUCAUAAAACCUAUUUUCUCGCAUUGUCAGCAUGCCAUAUCAGACGACCAGCACGGUUUUUUACCUAAACGCUCCACCGCUACAAAUUUGCUCUGUUUUACCAGCUAUGUGUUCGAAAGCUUCGCCCAACGGUCACAGGCAGACGCAAUCUAUACUGAUCUCUCAGCUGCUUUCGACAAAGUUAACCACCGCAUUACUGUUGCAAAGCUGGAACGCUAUGGCUUAGCGGCGCUCUUUUACACUGGAUGGAAUCUUAUCUAACAGGUCGAAUAAUCAGCGUUAAGAUUGGAGACGAGCUUUCAACUUUUUUUCCUGCACCAUCUGGUGUCGCUCAAGGCCGUCACCUGGGACCGUUGGUGUUUUUACUAUAUUUCAACGACGUUAAUUAUUUGUUACGUGGCCCACGCCUGUCACUCGCAGAUGACCUAAAACUGUUUUCAAAAAUUUUAAAUACCUCAGAUGCAUUCGUUCUCCAGCAACAACUAAACUCAUUCAGUAAUUGGUGUACGAUUAACCGUAUGACGCUAAAUCCCUCCAAAUGUUCGGUAAUAACAUAUACUAGAAAAAUGCAACCGAUACUCUUCAACUACACCCUCAACAAUCAAACCAUUCAGCGUGUCGAUGUCGUUAAAGAUCUUGGUGUACUACUCGACGUCAAACUCACCUUCAAGCAGCAUAUUUCUUUGAUAAUCACCAAAGCAUCUAGGCAGCUUGGACUAAUCUUCAGAAUGACGCGUGACUUUAGGGACAUAAGUUGUCUGACUGCAUUAUAUUGCUCACUUGUUCGGUCGCAGCUAGAAUACUGCUCCACGGUUUAGACUCCGCAUUACCACAACGCCAUCCAACGUAUCGAGGGCAUCCAGCGCCGAAUUCUUCGCUAUGCCCUCCGCCUCUUGCCAUAGAGACAGCCUAUGUCGGACACUCGUAAUGAGGAUCGUUGUCAACUUCUCCACCUUAGCACUCUUCGAGUCCGACGUGAGACUGCUCGUGCUAUGACUGUGGCCAAUGUGAUGGCAGCACGGAUUGAUUGUCCGGACAUUCUUUGCCAGAUCAAUUCAAACGCCCCAUCAAGAACUCUACGGAGAGUACCCUCAAUGCAUCUACCUUUUCGCCGUACUAACUACAUUUUCAUUUAUCUGUUGAAGUGCUACGUUCUAAAUUUAUUACCAUGUUUAGACAACUGUUGUACUAAUGUUUAGUGUAGUAGUCUAGUCACCAUUCGGACAAUAUAUGUCUGUUGGUAUGAAGUAAAUUAAUAAAUAAAUACGACGACUGGCUUGUUAGGCCAGCAUCGUACCUCGAGACCAGCUGGGAGAUAACAUAUUACAAAUGAUUUGAAUGUAAUCGGGACGGGACGUAAUGCAAAUAACACGUGCAAUAAGACAUGUAAUAUGUAACGCGUAACAUAUAAUGUAACAUGUAAUGUGUAACAUGUAGCGUGUAACAUGUUCCACGCAACGACUUGCAAAGCCUGCAACCAAAUACAUCAAUUACAGCACCCAACAUGCUUGUUCUUACCUCACAGGUCAAAGCGAAGAAAAUAACUUGAGAAAAUAAAAGAAAAUAACAUCGUCAUCAUGCAGUUGACGAUAAAUUUUAAAUCGUCAAUUGAAGCAAAAUUUGCUCGAAUCUGCUUUCUUCGUUGCUGCCUUGAAGCCUCAGUUCCAGCAGUUCAAUCUGAACCGACGAUACGAAUACGCCGAAAAAGAAACGACGAAACAAAAGCUACCGAGUGAAAGACGAUUGUUUUGUGCUCAGUGAGUGGGAGAGCGAAACAAAACGAAGUUGAUAUCAAGUCGGGUUGAAGACGAAGUUGAGUUGCGUCAUCGUCGCUUGACGAUGCACUCAUGAAGGUGAAGAUUAAAGGGCCUGCUAGCAAUACUCAGAGGAAAAGAUAUGCGAAGAAAAUGUUGUGAGCCAAACCAACAUGUCAAAAUCCGAGCCAAACGAACCUCUGGAAUGAUCAACAAAAUAAUGAUCAAUUAUGGUGAAAGUAUAUAAAAUUGAACAUAAACAUAAAAUUUAACACCUUCACUGUUUUUGUGAUUCACUUUUCCAUUAUUUCCCAGGGCUCCGUCACCAUCAGUUGCACGAGUUGAAAGAAAGUUAGUUCACAUUGCGCUUCGAGAAAAGAUCUGGCACCUCUGACAUGUGAAACCUAGUUGCCAAAUUGGCGUUUUUUUUUUCAUAGCAUAUUUCUCUCUCUCUCUGAGUAUCUCUAGUAAGGCGAAUACCCAAGUAACCAGUAAGCACUAAAUCAUUGCCCUAUAACAACUAUAUUUGAUUACAGAGUUCUGGGUAAGAGCCUAUUCCGACCUAAUUCUUAUAUAUAUCUGAUAUAAUGUCAAAAAGAUGAAAUAGUGAGCAAAUAAAGUGCUGGUGAUGGCAACCCUUAAAAUGCAUCAUAAUUGCUUAUUUAGAGCACUCUCGAGAUGUCGAUAUUUGCGUUGAGAAAAAAAAACUUGGAAAAACAUUAAUUAAUUUGAUGUUCAAAAAGAAAGCAAAUGAAGGUCUUCAAACGUUAUCCAUAUGGUUUAUUUCAUGCAUUCGUUCGUUGUUGUUUCGGCCGCUGGUGGAGUACGUGAAUGAAUAGAGAAUAACAGUUUUUAAUAAUCACCGCUCGUAUUACGCUUGUUUUUGGCAGUUGGGCACGUUGAAAAAGAACAGCUUUCUCCAAAUGCAUUCAAGCACUAUAUCUUAACGUUCACGGUAGCACUAGAGGCGUAUAUUUUGCGGGCAGUAAUGCUAGUUUACCAUAAUGUUGUUAAACAUUAUAAUGUUCAUAUAAAGUUGAUACGCAGGUUUAAUGCCAAUAAUGCUAUCUUCUAAUGCUCAAUGUUACUUGGGUAGUGCACGCAGUCCAUUUUGACGUUUUCUGUAGGUCCAAGCAUUUUCAAUCGCAGUCACGGAGUAGAAAAUAUUAUUGUUUCAGUUGAAAACCGAAAUAAUGACUCGCGACUUUCGAUUUUUUA